CUUGUAGACCCAUUGCCGUCCAGCCUUCGUUGGACAUCCCAAACUAGAGAUCCUGCAGCCGAGCGCUUCAUCGCCCUUGCGAUGUGGUGGAAAUCUGUGGCGCUGCUUUGCCUCGCGAGAAGUGAGAUCUCAGGGCCGGUCUUGGUGCCAGUGCGCGAGCUCAAAGGCUGCUGUCCUGACAACAAGGGCCAGUGGCACUCCUGCUGCAGUGUGGCGGGCUCCUGCUGCCCUGCCUUGGACGAAGAGCUGCAGCCGUGUUGCCCGGGCUUCAAAGAGCAGCAACUCUUUGAACCGUGCAUAGGUAUCAACGGGCGAAGCCCAUGUCCCAGCGAUAGCACCUGCUGCAGUGGCAGCUGCUGUGUCGGGAAAGCCGUGUGCUGUGGAAAAACCUGCUGUACACAGGAGUCCAGCUGCUGCAAAGACAGCCUGGGGGACGAUGUGCUGCUUGGGCUGUUCAAGCUUGCUCACUGAUCUCAGUGUGACAGUACUUGGGUGUUGGUGCAGUGUUGAUGCUGGUAAGUGAUAAGUGGAUAAUAAUAGUGGAUAAUAGGGGUGAUAUCAACAGUAUCCCAACUUAUGGGGGUUAUUUCACCAUGGUUAUACCAUGUUAUACCUAUAAAAACCCCAAUCAUCAGAGGUUUGAGACUGGUGGCCUUGCCCCUUAUUUCACCAAGGUGUGGGCCGCCCUCCUGCGAUUUGCCCGGCAUGGAGAAGCAGGAAGAGAUCCUGCUGGACAAUCUGGUGUGACAGCUGGCCACUCUGUUCCCAGUGACUUGCCAAUGCCAGGUGG